UGUCGCUGGCCCGGCGCCCGGAGGGGUCCCUCCGCAGAGGACGAGCAGCCCCCGCGGCUCCAGGGAGUGGACCUGCGCUUCACUCUGGAGCCAGCAUGAACGGGUACGCAGGAUACCCGCCCCCCACCCCUGCCCAGGAGCUGGGGGGGCCCCAGCCUCACGGAGCCGCCCUCCAGGAAGAUGUGGACAUGAGCAGUGGCUCCAGCGGGAAUGAAACCAGCGAGAACGGCCCCGCAGGCCGGGGCUCACGGGGCGGCGAGGAGCUGGGGGUGCUGGUCACGCCGCCUGUCGCCCAUCCGGGUCCAGACGCCUUUGGCCUCCUGAUGGCGAAGUCCGGAUGCAGCACGGCAGCAAGUGGCUGCAGCAGCGAGCCGUCGGCGAAGGCAGACACGCACAGGGAGCUGAUAAAAACCCUGAAAGAGCUGAAGGUCCACCUCCCUGGAGACAAGAAGGCCAAAGGGGGAGCCAGCACACUGGCGACCCUCAAGUACGCGCUGAGGAGCGUGAAGCAGGUGAAAGCCAGCGAGGAGUACUACCAGCUGCUGGUGUCCCCUGAGAGCCAGCCCUGCGGCGCCAGCGUGCCCUCCUGCACCAUGGAGGACAUCGAGGGGGCCGCUUCCGAGUUCAUCGUGAAGAGCGCGGGCAUGUUCGCCGCAGCGGUGUCCCUGGUCUCCGGGAAGAUCCUGUACAUCUCUGACCAAGUUGCCUCCAUCUUUCACUGUAAAAGGGACGUCUUCCAUGGCGCCAGGUUCGUGGAGUUCCUGGCGCCGCAUGACGUCAGUGUGUUCCACGCGGCCACCACGCCCCACAAGCUCCCGCCCUGGACCGUCUGCAGCAGGGCAGAUUCGUUCGCUCAGGAAUGCAUGGAGGAGAAAUCUUUCUUCUGCCGAGUCAGCGUCGGGAAGAGCCACGAGAACGGGAUCCGCUACCAGCCAUUCCGUGUGACGCCCUACCUGGUGCAGGUGCGGGGCGGGCAGGCCGCCGCCCAGCUGUGCUGCGUGCUCCUGGCCGAGCGAGUGCACUCGGGCUACGAAGCCCCUCGCAUUCCUCCUGAGAAGAGAAUUUUUACAACCACGCAUACCCCGAAUUGCUUGUUCCAGGACGUGGAUGAAAGGGCGGUCCCCCUCCUGGGCUACCUACCUCAGGACCUGAUCGAGACCCCCGUGCUCCUGCAGCUUCACCCCAGUGACAGGCCUCUGAUGCUCACCAUCCACAAAAAGAUCGUGCAGUCGGGCGGGCAGCCCUUCGACUCCCCUCCCAUCCGGUUCCGCACCCGCAGCGGCGAGUACGUCACUCUGGACACCAGCUGGUCCAGCUUCAUCAACCCCUGGAGCAGAAAGAUCUCCUUCAUCAUCGGGAGACACAGAGUCAGGGUGGGCCCCCUGAACGAGGAUGUGUUCUCGGCCCCGGCUCGCGUGGAGAAGGGCCUGCGCCCCAGCGUCCAGGAGCUCACGGAGCAGAUACACCGGCUGCUGCUGCAGCCCGUGCCCCAGAGCGGCUCCAGCGGCUAUGGAAGCCUGGGCAGCAAUGGGUCCCAAGAGCACCCCAUGAGCCAGACGUCCUCCAGCGACAGCAACGGGGACUCGCGCCAGAGGAGGACCGAAAUUUGCAAAAAGGCUGACAGCGGCAAAAGCAACAGUCCUUACGAUGGUGAACCUGGAGAACGAAGGGAAAAAUCUGCUGCAGAGACACAGAGUAGUUCCUGUGCUCAGAUGAACGCUGUCCCCGUGGGAAAGGACAGCUCGGGCGCCAGCCUGCCCGUGGGCGGCUUUCCUGAGGAGCCGGGCGGCCGGAGCCCACCCGCCGGCUCCUACCAGCAGAUCAGCUGCCUGGACGGCGUCAUCAGGUAUCUGGAGGGGUGCAGCGAGGCCGCCACCCUCAAGAGGAAGUGUGAGUUCCCGGCCAGCAUGGCGACACAGAAGGCCAGCGAGAAGCGGAAGGCGGUGGCCGGCCCCGGGCCACGUGGCGCAGAGACAGCACCGCCCUCCAAGGUGAACAGCCACGCGGAGGUGAGUGCGCACCUGACCUCGCUGGCGCUGCCCGGCAAGGCGGAGAGCGUGGUGUCCCUCACCAGCCAGUGCAGCUACAGCAGCACCAUCGUCCACGUGGGCGACAAGAAGCCACAGCCGGAGCUAGAGCUGGUGGAAGACCCCGCGAGCGGCCCCGAGUCUCCGGACGGCCAGCCCUGCAGCCUGGGCACGGAGAAGGAGCCCCUGCGGACACUGGGCCUCACCAAGGAGGUGCUGGCCGCCCACACCCAGAAGGAGGAGCAGAACUUCCUGCUCAAGUUCAAAGAGCUGCGGAAACUCCACAUCUUCCAGUCUCGCUGCCAUCAUUACUUACAAGAGAGAUCCAAGGGGCAGUGGAGCAUAAGAACCGCCCCUGGACUAAGAAAUACCUCUGGAAUAGACUCAUCUUGGAAAAAAACCGGGAAGAACAGAAACCUGAAAUCCAAACGGGCCAAGCCUCGAGAUUCCUCUGAGAGCACCGGGUCUGGGGGACCGGUGCCCACUCGGCCCCCGCUGAUAGGCCUGAACGCCACAGCCUGGUCACCGUCGGACACGUCCCAGUCCAGCGGCCCCUCGACGCCCUUCCCUGCCUCCGUGCCAGCUUACCCCCUGCCUGUGUUCCCAGCCCCUGGAAUCGUGCCCACGCCGGGGCCUGCAGCGGCUGCGCCCAUGGCUCCCAUUGCCGGCUUCACGGUGCCCACUGUGCCCAUGGACACCCAGCACGAGUUUGCCAUCCAGCACCCACCGUUCACUGUCCCCUUGGCCCCACCAGUCAUGGCGCUGGUGUUACCCAACUACUCCUUCCCUACGGUGACCCCCAGCCUGCCCCAGGCCUUCUUCCCGAGCCAGCCUAACUUUCUGCCCGAGAUGAUCCCGGUGGAGCAACCUGAGCUCCCGGGUCGGACCUCCCCCGCCAGACAGCCAUGCUUGUGUCGUCAGGCAGAGCCUGGGCCACCGGCAUCUCGCGCGGCCACCCCGGCCUCCCUGCCGUCUGCCUCCGGGGCCACCGGCAGAGCGUCCCCGCCACUCUUCCAGUCACGGGGCAGCUCACCUCUGCAGCUCAACCUGCUGCAGCUGGAGGAGGCCCCCGAGGGCAGCGCCGUGGCUGCAGCAACAGCGGGGUCCCCGGGGACCACAGGGGCAGCGCCAGACUGCAAACCUGGUGCGGUCCGGGACCGGCAGCCGAAGGCAUCGCCAAUGUGCCAGCCGCCACCCGACGCCCCGAACAGCGACGCCCUCUCCGCGUCCAGCGGCCUGCUCGACCUCCUGCUGCACGAAGACCUGUGUUCGGCCCCAGGCUCGGCCCUGUCGGGGAGCGGGAGCGGGGCCUCCGACUCCCUGGGCUCCGGCUCGCUGGGCUGCGACACAUCUGGGAGCGGAGCAGGCAGCAGUGACACGGGUCAUACCAGCAAGUAUUUCGGGAGCGUUGAGUCUUCGGAGAAUAAUCGCAAAGCCAAAGUGAAGGUGGACAUGGAAGAAAGCGAGCGCUUCGCCAAGUACAUCCUGCAGGACCCCGUCUGGCUGCUGAUGGCCAACACGGAGGACAGCGUCAUGAUGACAUACCAGAUGCCUUCCCGCAAUUUGGACACAGUCUUGAAGGAAGACAGGGAGAAGCUGCAGCCCCUGCUCAAGUCGCAGCCCAGGUUCACGGACAGCCAGACGCGGGAGCUGCAGGAGGCGCACCCGUGGCUGCGGGAAGGCGGCCUGCCCGCCGCAGUGGACGUCACCGGAUGUGUUUACUGUGAGAGCAAGGGGCAGGACAGCAUCUGUGUGCCAUUUGAGGAGGAUGUUCCUACUCUGGGUCUCAGCGAAGCCACAGACACCAAAGAGGAGGGCAGCGGAGCCCCCUUGAGUCACAAAAGUGAAGAGCAGACCUAACGCUGUCCUGGCCCCGCCCCCGGCCCCGCCCCCGGCAGCCCGCGAUCUGCGCCUGACGUGGAGCUCGGAAGAGGGAGGGCUUCAGCUCUGCUUGUCACGAACUGGGCAGAUGCCCUUGCUGGCUGUUCUUGUUGUUUUGGAGGGAAACCCACAUCGUUUCCUGAAGUGGUGAUUUAAGACUAUGGAGGGUGGGAAGGGUCUGGGAGGAAAUGCAUUUUUAUAUUUAAAACAAAUACAGAGUUUGGGGGGCAGGCGGACAGAUGUUCAGUGUUGUUUAACCUGAGAAAGCCUGAAUCCCCUCGCUGCGGGUGUCCGGGCUCCCGGAAGUCCCUGGACUGGAGGAGGCUUCUCCCCGGCCCGUGGGCGGCGGACGCGGCGAGACAUCACAGCCAACAGGGGGCGCUUCCCCAGCGGGCGUUCAGAUCAGAUCAAAACGUGGGGCUGCUUUUUAUCUAAAGUAGCAUUUAGUCAAACUAGAUGUUUUAAAAACAUGCCAAAUGGAGAUCACAGCCUCUCCUGAUUGUCUUUCAAAGUGUUUUGCAUUCAAUGCUGUGAAGCCCGCUCUGGCAAACCAGCAGCUUCCUGCUUCAGGUCCUGUCGUGGCCAGCAUUGCAGUCUGGCCGUGCUUGGGGCCACCGGGGUGGGGCCACCCUCCACCAGACUGGCACGCGCCCAGAGUCCCCUGUAUAUGUCUACAUCGUUCUUGCAUCCUUCUCAGACCGUGACCAGUAGGUAGAUAGAACAUGUGGUUGAUUCCGUCCAUGAUGACUUCCCUUUGCAGACCGGGCUUUGAUCGCCACCCAGGGGACCGUUCGUAUUGGUCCUUUGAAGGGAGCCUCCCAGACUGGAGGCCUGGCGGAGAGUAGCCACUGACAUCGUGUGCUGCAGACCUCGUCUUCGUUUUCCAGGGGGCCAGGAGCUCACCUCUCCCUCGGCAUCCUGGGCUGGGAUGCUGGCCGGCAUUCUUCCCACGAGCCUGACCUCACUCAGGGCAGUUCCAGUCUCUGCAGUGAUGUCCCCCGGUGUCCCCAGCACUUUCAGGGCAGCAGGGCACCUGGGGAAGAGCGAGGCCACUCUGCCCACCUUCUCGCCGAACCUCAUGUUGCAUCCCCCAAGAUUGUUUGGGGGAAAGUUAUAUUGGUCCCUGGAGUGAAUGGAAGGUUACCACAGGUGAAACAAUGAUCUUAAAAUGGGACUGAGUUUGUAGAAACGGGGGGAAAAGCAGGCUUUCCCUUGUUCUCUGAUGGAGACGGACUAGAACCCUCCGUGUAAUCUGCUUGGUUCUCAGUCUUAGUUUGGAUGUUCAUCCCGUUCUCCAUAAACGCGAAUGCAAGAAUACUGUGGGUUGUUUUUUUUUUAUUUAUAAAGUAACAUCACCUUCUCAUGCCCAGAAUGAGGUCGUAGUCCGUGCAUUGGUGUGGAAGACAGAUGCUACCUGACCCGCCUCCCGCCUCUGAAGUCCGAUCGUUAAGGGAUCAGAUGCGGGUCAAGGUUACAUGUAUGCUCUGUAGCCGCGGAGCUGUCCGGGCGCUCCCCACCGCCAGCGCCGCGUUACUGUAUAAACUUGCUCAUUGAUUGUGAGCCACGCAGCCUCUUCGUGUGCUGGCAAGCUGACAAUAGGAGCAUUUUGUGAAACUGUUUACAUGAUGCCGCGCAUUGAGAUGUGUUUCCUUUCGUGUGCGUGCUUACACAGGGGUGAUAAAGACUUUCUCUCGAUUUUAAACUGAGCCUUCUUUUUAAUCCGUUCCUACACAGACAUGUAAAUAAGCUCUCUGUGCCUGUCUCGUGACUUGGCAAGCCUCGCCAGACAAGUGGUUUGUCCACGCACAAACCAAACUUUCUUCACCUAGUGCAAUGUUUGUUUACUGCUUGUGUCUUUUUAUGACUGUUUUGCUUUUUAGAAAAUUGGCAAAUAAAGUGAGUAUAUUUUUUA